AUGACGCAGCUGCUGGGUGACGAGGCGAUAACUGGCAACAGCUCUCCGAAUGCAACCUGGGGUGCCGCACCACGUGAGACCAUCGCCAUCGCGUUCACCCACUCGCAGUACGCAACCCCGUGCCAUGAUCACACGGUCCCCGGCAGUACGCCAGGUCACCGCCUGCGUCACCUGGGCAGGCGACAUCAGCCACCCGACAUCCUGUACAACCACCUGAACCACGCACUGGUAGCGCACAGCGGUGGUCACGACUACUACCACUGCACUGAGCCCUGGGAAGGAAAUGCCGAUCACCCGACACCGCCAGGCGGCAAUUAUAUACUGCACACCAAGAACGGCGGCAAGCGUCACUUUGACGAGCCCACUGGCUUCUUCAGCGAGAAGCUGUGGCAGCCGUCGAAGCGGGUCAUAGUGCCGCCGCAGGGGUACGACCAGUCCCACACUGCACACCGGCGCGGGCGCGGUGUGUACAACACCACCGAUGGCUGGAUCCACCCAGAUGCUGAGGAGGCGGUGGUGCGGCAGCACGCGCGCGGUGGCAAGGCGCAGGUGCCUAGGCCACCCAAUCACACGUUGGAGGAGCUGAGCAUGUGGAUCAGAACGGAAAGAGGUAGCGGCGGCGGUGGCGCUGCUGGGUCGCCUUCUGAAGCGCACGAGGCGGCUUCCGUAGCGAUCACGACGGCAGCGAGCGGUGGCAAAGGGAAGAGGCACCUACUGCCCCACUACACGACAAGCACGCCCGUCAUUUCAUCUGUAGCACCGCUCACAGGCCCACCCCCACCCAAAGCUCUGGCUGACUACAACGACAGCCAGAUGUUGCCCGCCAUUAGUCAAGGAGUAGAGCUGCAGCGCUGCACCGCGGCGGAGGCAACUGACUUAGCGCAGUAUCACCGCGAAAAGCGCGUGCAGCGCAUGUGGCAGACAAUGCGGGCUGCCGUCGCCGAGUCGGAUACGCGAGCAGCAGACAUCCAAGCGGUGCGAGAGUUACCGAACUGGUAA